GUGUGGGAAAGGUUGGCAGCAGUCAGAAAAUGAUCUGAGCACACAGCACUAAGCACUGUUAGUGUACCAGACCUCUUCUAGCCAUGUUGUUGACGAUAAGUCUUUGGCUGUUUGCAGUUUCUCCAGCUCUCUUUGCUCCAGUCAAAGAACCCUGUACAACAGGAAGAAACAAGCUUCUGCUCAUCUCCUUUGAUGGAUUCAGAUGGGAUUAUGACCGGGAUGUGGACACACCAAAUCUCGACAAGAUGGCUCAAGAUGGCAUAAAAGCUACUUAUGUCAUCCCACCCUACAUAACGAUCACUAGCCCGAGUCACUUCACUCUGCUUACAGGACGUUACAUUGAGAAUCAUGGUGUGAUUCACAAUAUGUGGUUUAACACCACUACUCAGGAGAAGAAGCAAUACUACAUGGCACAGUUUGUCGAUGACUACUGGGACAAUGGCAGUCUACCUAUAUGGAUUACAGCUCAAAGACAGGGUCUGAAAACUGGCUCUUUGCAUUUUCCGGGUACAGCUGCCACAUAUCAGAAUGAGAGGGUGCAUGUGAGAGAGGUGGAAUCUCAAUUUUAUGACUACAGCAAUGAAACAGAUUGGAGAAUGAAUGUGGAUAAAGUGAUGGGUGAUUGGUUUAAAAAACAGGAUCUGGACUAUGUCUCUCUAUAUUUUGGUGAGCCAGACGAGACAGGCCAUAAAUAUGGGCCUGACUCCCCAGAACGCCGUGAUGCAGUCAGGAAAGUGGACCGCACCAUUGGCUAUAUACGUGACACCGUGCAAAAACAUGGUCUUGCUGACCGCCUGAACAUCAUCAUCACUGCUGAUCAUGGUAUGACUACUGUACUGAGAGGAGAUGGAAUAAAAAAGAUUAUUCUUUCCCAAAUCCCUGGCUUCUCAUUUCAGGAUAUUAAGUUCCAGUUGUUAGACUAUGGCCCUAAUGGGAUGCUAUUGCCUAAAGAGGGCAUGCUGGAGAAGGUUUAUAGAGUCCUGAAAGGUGCCCAUCCUAACCUCCAUGUCUAUAAGAAGGAAGACAUGCCUGCUCGUCUUCAUUAUUCUAAUCAUCCACGUAUUUUACCCCUCCUUCUCUAUGCAGACCCAGGAUAUGUAAUCAGUGGGAUUCUCCCUGUUCAGACCAGUAAAGGAGAACAUGGAUUUGAUAAUCAAGCUUUAGACAUGAAGGCUUUCUUCAGGGCAGUAGGGCCUGACUUUAAUAAGAACCGUGUAGUGGGACCUUUUGAAACAGUUAAUGUUUAUCCCUUAAUGUGUCAUCUACUGGGAAUAAAACCUGAGGUUAAUGAUGGCUCUCUUGAUAACACCAGACAUCUUCUAGUCUCUGGUGGGCAACAAUGUGACAGCAAAGAACCAAACCAGAUGAGCAUCGUCAUUGGCGUAGCUGUAGUGGUCGGGUUUCUGGUAGUUGUCUUCAUCAUUGUUUCAUUGUAUAAUGUCUUCAAGCGAAAUAGAACAAAUAUAAGGUCUCAUCUGAAAGAAAAAUAUGAAGAAAAAAUCGAUUCAAAGCAAACAGCAAUGUGAUUAUCAUUCUGUUACAUUAGAAUUUGUUCAUGCAUUUUUAUUUUCCAUUUUUCACAACAAAAUAAGAAAACCACUUGUUGAAUGCUCACAGUUUUAUUGGGACACUGCUGCUAUUAUUUACAGUGAAUGAGAUUCCAUUACACUUAACUUGUAUUAUACCAUCAAUUUUGUAAAUAGUUUCAUGUAUUUUUUAAAUUAAUAAUAAUCUAUGAAUUGUCUGUUCCUCAAAUUUAAGGAAAAAUAAAAACACCAAAUAUUGUCAAGAUACCCAUAAAAUAUUUGCUGUUUGUUCUCUAAAAUUAAAAAAGCCAUUACAAAGGUCUUUCGAUAUAAUAAUUCAUGAUCUUUAUUUGAAUUGUAUCAGGCUUGAGUCCUGGUUCUCUAAUGCCAUCUAGUGGAGAUAGUUACUAUAGCCA